AUGCCAUGUGUCAAAGACUUGUCAAAUAUCGUGCAUCAUUGCCCUGGUUGUCGCUUCGAGGAUGAGCGUUCGCGUUUUGAAUCGGAUGAUGUAUUCUGGAAGGUCUGGACUGACGUCAACGGUCAGCAUGUCGGAUACACGAAGCUCUGCGACGCUCUGCAGCGUCAGCGGGUGGCUCGUGACACACGAGACGCCGCCGCCGCACGCUCGUUCUUUGGUGGCAACCUGGACCACCUGGACGCACAAGGCAUGUUCAAGUAUGCAAAGUCUGGCUUGCUGAAACUGAUGAACAAGGACGUCGACGUCGCCCGCAAGUGGAGGGAGUUGCUUACCGUUGACUGCGCACUCGCCCAGCGCUGGGAGGGUUCACUACUGGCAGAUCUGCAGUCCUCGUUGCCACCAGUGCGAUCGUUGCGUGCAUGUCAUAUCUGCGUCGUUUGA